AUGGCCCAAACUAAAAUACCAGCAGUUUAUGGCUUUCACCCGCCUUGCUGGUCAGUUGGCAGGAUCCAAGAAAGGAAACAAUCGCAAGAGGAAGAUCGCCAACGACGCCUUGCUGAGAAACCAGCGGAAUUUUGUACAUAUGAAGACAGUUCAUCUGAAGAAAAAUCUGAGAUUGCAUUGAAGGAAGCCGUAAACACCUCCUACAAUUUUGUCGAUUACGUAAAGCAUAGAGAAACUCAGACGUCGAUAUACAGCUCUGUAUCAAAAGAAUACGGUCAUAGGCACAUCUUGACUCAUGGUGGAUUGUUUGAGCACACGCAAAUUGAUUUGGGACAUGAUAUGAAAAAAGUGUUGUGUUCUCAGUGGUUAAGUGAUAGACUUAUUCUUUUUGGAACUAAGUGUAAUAAGCUAAUGAUCUAUGAUGUCCAAAAUCAUGAAAUAAAUCAAAUUCCAAGUAUUGUCAGUAGUGUUAGAAGGGAAAUUGAAGAUGACGAGCAAACUGGUGGUAUUUAUUCUGUCCAACUCAAUCCGUCGAAAACUUUGUUGGCAACUGUGGCAGAAAAUAAUUCUGAAGUGGCCGUUUAUAAAAUUCCCACAUUUGAUCCGGUUUGUGUUGGCGAAAAUGCUCAUAUAAAUCGGGUGGAUGAUAUCUGUUGGCUAGAUGAUCAAUUUUUAGUUUCCGGAGAUACAGAAUUAGCUCUGUGGAGAGUAACAGAUGAUAUUUUAGAUGCUGAAGAUGAAGUGGCCGCACAUAAAACUAUAUUACCGGUAUCUUUGGAAUAUUUUCACAAUUCAGAGAAAAUUAGAGCAAUAAAAUUCAACAAAUCUAACCGAGAGAUAGCAACCUUGAACGAAAAUCAUGGUACCAUUGUCAUUUGGGAUGCGGAAAAAUUCCAGAAAAAAAUGGCUCGGAAAUUCUCGCAUGGAAAUAAUACAUGCAUGACUUUGAACGAGAAUGACAAUAUUUACGCUAUUGGCAAUCGAAAUCUUUCCGCUUUAUUAGAUUGCCGAACCCUACAGAUCAUUAAAAAAAUACCACCGAUUGACUAUUAUGGUUUUCAUUUGUUUCUUCGAUCGGCCUCAUUUACAGGCGACAUUUUGACGUUAGGCUUGGAUUUAGGCAAAAUCCUAUUUUUUGAUUUAAAGGCUGGGAAAUUCUUGGAAAGCAGCGUGAUUCCGGAUAGAACUAUUAGAUUAAAAGCUACUAAAGGAUAUGUGUUCCCCGAUGUAGAUAUUUUGCGGAACGAUGAGCAUUCUGAGGUAAAAUAUGGACCGGCAAUCAUGACACAUUGCUAUAAUUCCAGUGGGACGCGGCUCUUUAUAGCCGGAGGGCCUAAUUUCCUUCCAAAUUUUACUGGAAAUUAUGCAGGAUUGUUCCAGUAA